AUGAGCCUCCAGUUCAGUACCGCCCGCGUCCCUGGCCUCUCGGGCUCUCUGUGCGCGCUACUGGCGCUGCUGCUGCUGCUGCUGACGCCGCCCGCGCCCGUCGCCAGCGCGGGUCCCUCAGCGGUCGGACCGAGAGAAUUGCGUUGCAUUUGUUUAACCACCAUGUCAGUUCACCCCAAAAUGAUCUCCAGUCUGCAGGUGACCGCCGCAGGUGUCCAGUGCCCCAAAGUGGAAGUGAUAGCUGUCCUGAAGAACGGCAAUGAAGUCUGCCUAGACGCAGAAGCCCCUGUGACCAAAAGAAUCAUCCAAAAGAUUUUGAAGAGCGGAAACAAGAAAGAUUGAUGCGAAGAAAGAAUCAUCCUUUGGAAAAGUUGCCCAGUUUUUGUCAGAGCAGGUGUCUAGGGGAUCCCCGGACUCAAAGAACACAGGAAGAAAGGAACGGACAGCUUUUUCCUGGAUUCGCCUCGUUUGUCCCCAAAGUUUUCUAUUCACCUUAUGAAGUAUUUAGCUUGUGUCUUCUGCUAUUUGCUGCUUGGUACACUCAGUGUUGUUGGGACCUUUUGCAAUUGAUUGUAUUGUGAGUCAAGAAUUGUCAAUUGCUAAUCUUCCAAACUGCCUAGAAUUGAACGAGCCAACGGUAUGGUACUUUCAGAUUAUAUUCUUGUUAUGCCACUGGAAAGGGAAAUGAUGUUUCAUUAGGAUA